GGAUUUGGAUUUGAGUUUGAAAUUGUUGUUGAUCUUGUCAUCAAUUAAAGAAUUAGUAAUUAAUAAUCAUAACUUAAAAGGAGUUGUAAAAAUUGAAAACUUUCCUAAUUUAGAGGGAUUUUAUUUUCCGGUUAAUGGUUUAAUUAGUUUAGAAUGUUCUAAUUGUCUCCAAUUAAAGGUUGUGUUAGGACAACAAAACCAAUUGACUAAUCUAACUCUAAACAAUUGCCCUAAACUUACUAAACUAGUCUUUAAUAAAAAUAAUCUUACUAAUCUUAACUUUUUACAAAACUUAUCUACUGAAAAGUUAGAGAUGCUUAACAUCAGUAGUAAUAAUAUUGCUGAAACUAAUUUAACUCCUUUUAAAGAUUUUGUCAACCUAAAGCACUUAGGCUUAGAACCUCUAAAAAAUCUAACUAAACUAGAAGAAUUAGAUCUGGCAGGAACAGAUGAGAGACCGGAAAGCAAAUCAGCACUAGUUGGUGAAGAACUCAAAAAAUAUGGUGAAGCAAUUAAAGACAGACAUGAAGAUGAUGAUUUUGCUCUUCUGUUACGAAA